GAAGUUUUCAUUAGAGUUUGACAUGGCAAAAUGGGAAGAUGAAGUCAAAUGUGUUAACGGCUUUAGAAGCCAUUUAGAUAAUGAAGAGGCAGGAGAAAAACGCGUAAUGUUGCCAAAAGUUACUAUAUUGAUUGUUCUAUUUAGUGGUAUAACUUUAGCUUAUCUUUCCAUAUAUAUUCCAAAUGUAACUCGCUUGAUAGCGAACGCAAGUUUUGGUUUCGGCGAUUCCGAGUUAAAAAGUAAGGAAAUCUCUAAUCCUUCAGUUUUAAUAUACAAAAAACACCUUGAGGAUUUACAAUGUGACACUGUCACAAAGACGAGUUUACUGGCACGUUCAAAAAAAGUACUGGAGAAGAAAGAAGAAGUGAAAACAGAAGCCUUGGCAGCUUUGAAACUGGCAGUUGAAAUGAAGGAGCAUGGUAAACAUGAAAAAGCCUUGAAGCUGUUCGAACAUGCAUUGGCAUUAGAUCCAACACAUGCAGAUAUUUUAAAUGAAUAUGGAGAAUUUCUAGAGAACCAAGGAGAGAACAUCAUCAAAGCAGAACACAUGUAUUACAGAGCUAUUGCAGCCAGUCCACAGCACAGUAAAGCCAUGGCUAACAGACAGAGGACACUACCACUUGUACAAGAAAUAGACCAAGCUCAGUUUAAUAGGAUAGAAAAGAAACGGGAGAUGUUUUUUAGGAUACCUGAAAAUCACCCAGGACUCCGAAGGAUGAAGAAAGAAAGUUAUAUUCAUCAUAUAUAUCAUACUGUAGCUUUGGAGGGUAAUACUAUGACUUUAUCACAGACAAGAUCUGUAGUAGAGAACAGAAUGGCUAUUGCAGGCAAAAGCAUUAUGGAACACAAUGAAGUCUUAGGACUAGAUUUAGCUCUGAGCUAUAUUAAUAGUACAUUAGUACAAAAAAUUGGGAAAAUAACUUUAAAUGAUAUUUUAGAAAUUCACAAAAGAGUACUUGGGUUUGUAGACCCAGUUGAAGCAGGUCACAUACGAAGCACUCAAGUUUAUGUUGGACACUACAUUCCUCCUGCAGCAAGUGAUGUUUCUGGAUUAAUGGAGGAGUUUACAGAGUGGUUAAACUCUGAUGUCUCUAUGAGGAUGCAUCCAGUAGAACUUGGUGCUUUGGCCCACUAUAAACUGGUGCUCAUCCAUCCAUUUUACGAUGGAAAUGGAAGGACGGCAAGAUUACUCAUGAAUCUCAUACUUAUGCAUGCUGGUUACCCUCCCAUUAUAAUUCCAGUGGGUGAAAAACACCUCUAUUAUCAACACAUUGAGACAGCAAGUGAAGGAGAUGUUAGGCCUUUUAUUCGUUUUAUUGCUUCAAUAUUGGAAAGAACAUUAGAUGAUUACUUGCUCUCUGCCACCAAAGAUUAUGAGGGAAAAUUAUCACUGUACCGAGAACAAGAAAGAGUGAUAAUUGUAGAUCCUUAAAUUGUUUUGAUACAAUUUGAGAUCUAUGUAUAGUAUAUUAUUAUAGUAAAAAUACUAUAUAUAUAGUAUAAUUACAGUUAAAGAGUUGCCUGAGAAGCACUGCCAUAGGUCUAGUUAGUUUACUUUGCUCCUAACUUAUACAUUGUUUUAAAGGUAUAUGUAGGAAAAACUUAUUUUUGGCAUUCCCCUUACAUAAGAUAGUGGAGCAAAUAAAUUACUAUGAAAUUCAGAAUUGUUAAGCUAUCUUUUAAUAUGGAAAUGAAAUAUGAUGUCAUGAUAAAUUAUUUAUUUUAUGAAUCUAGAAUGUUUUGGGUUUACUCCAUAAGCUGAAACUGCAAGUUUCUUUAUGAAUUUAUAUUUAUUGUAGAUAACUGCCAUUGAACAUAAAUAUUGUGAUAAAUAUAGUUAUCUAUCACAAGAGUGCAACAAAAACCCAAGGAACUUAUUUAUUUUUUUUUUUUCACAACUUUUUAAACUUUUUAUGUUCUUUAUGACAAGACUGAUGAUUGGAAUAUUGUUUCUUUUAGACAUAGGACAAAAUAUAUAUUUAUCUUCUAUCCUAGUUUAGAGUCUUCAGUGGCUAGGUAGUUUUGGCAUAUUAAAAUAUAACAUAUUUAUAAGCAUGAUUUCAUAAUAUAUAUAACUAAAAUGGCUAAUUCUAACAUAAUUUCUCUUCAAAAAGGCUGACUUUUUUCCUUUACAAAAUCAAAAUAGCGAUUAAAUGUUGAAAAGGAUGAAGGAUUUUCUUUAGCCGUGAUAUUGGCUUUUAGCAUUUGGUGAAAAAGAAAUGCACAUGUUCACAAGAGCCAAAACUAUACUGAAAAUAACAGAAAAAUAUGAUUGGCACCCAGCAUCAACAUACAAAUUAACUGCCAGUGUCAUUCUUAUCGAAAUAGUAAUCUUACUAGCAGAUCUUAAAAUUAACAUUAGGCAUUGCAGUGCUCGUUCAAGACAUAAGCUUUGUAGCUAAUAUAACCAAGUUUUUGUCUAGAUCUGUUGCACUUCUUGAUUUCUGAUGUAUAUCUGUGAUGUUUUUUUAAUUUAUUGAUGCUGCAGGCCAGCUGUAUGAGAAAUUGUUAUUUAAAGAGGAGGGAGUGCAUGUGAAUGUUCUUUGAUUAUUGGAAGACUGACUUACCUAAAAGAUCAACAUAUCUAUUUUAGUUGACAUCACCAAGAACCAAAUAUUGUACAUGGCUGCUUUAGGGGGCACUGUAUAAUAUUGUUUCAGCUAAUCCAAUGUGAACACAAAAAGUUACACCAAACAUUUGUAUAUAUACAGAUUUCAUAAUGUUUUAGUGAUAGUUAUCACUUUAGAAAACAGUUUUGUUCCAGUGUGUGUGAUGAUAAUCACUAAAACGUUAUUUAAUUAAUUCCUGGAACCAUGAACAAUCUGAUAGAUAUAUUUAAAUGGUUUAUUUGAAGAAAAAUGUCAUCUGGUUUGUAGGCUAGUAGGGUUUGGGUUAUUAAAUUUUUUAAAAAAUGUUUUUUUUUAAUGUUUCAGGUUUUUUUUCAU